CCGAGGGAAACGGCAUGGUACACUGGAAUCAGAGGAGUAACGUAAACUACUGAAUACACAAAAGCCAAUCGAUAGGCAACACAUAUUUUCAACUGUGUAGUUAAUCUUCUUCUUUCUCGGAUGGCCAAUCCUUAAGAAUUAUUCCUCAAUUAUCAGGAUUCAGACUCUGAAGUACAAGAGGAGAUGGCUACUGCUGCUGCACCUUCAACACUGGUCAGCUCUGAAAGGACGACAAAUGGAGGCAAACUCAGCAGACUUCUCAUUGAUGGUGGAACAACAGUUUUACGAAAUGUUUUUGACACUUAUCACCCUCCUUUGCAUCUCUCUGCGGGUCUUAGUGCUAACUAUUCAAUCUUGAGUAAUUUGUUGAAGAAAAAGGUCUUGCGCGUUGCUCAGUGGGACCUAUUAUACCCACCCGGGGGAGUGACUCCAGAUUCCAAAACUUUUGACAUUACUCUUCUCUUUCUUCUUUUAACUAACAUAUGCGGGCUAUCCCCUCCCCCAUUUGGAUGGCAUGCAAAGCCUUCUUCAGGUGACACCUCUCUUGAAGCCAACCUCGUGCGAGUGAAGCUCUUCCGGAAUGAGCUGUAUGGUCACUUGUCCACCACUAGUAUCGACACGCCCACUUUCUCCUCUCUUUGGAAGGAUAUUAGUGUUGUGCUUGUUGCUCUUGGUUUGAAUCAGGGAGAAAUAGAUCGAUUAAAGGCAGAAAACUGUGGAGAGGAGGAGUAUCUUGACCUGUUACUUGAAUGGUGUGAAAGUGAAGAAGAAAUCAAGUCACGGUUGAAUGACAUCCAUCACUCGCAAACUGGGGUGCAACAAAGUAUUGAAGAUAUUCGCCAGACUCAGCUUAAGGGUCACCAGAUAUUUGAAGAUAGCAACUUUAAACUUCACCACAUACACAAUUUCCAGCGUGAAGAACACAAACGAAUGGAAGAACAGCGACAAUGUCUCAAAGAACUACUUCAGACUUCUAUUAAAGACCACAGAGCAGUAGCAGAAAGUAAGAUCAAACUUGACGAGAUUUCUCAAUCACAAACAAAAUCAGAGCAAUGCGUGAAAGAGGUAGGCAAGAAGCAGUUAGAAAACCGUAAGUUACUUGAGGAUAGCAAUUUCAGAUUGAGAGAGGUACAUCAGACUCAAAUUGACACACAGGAAGUUAUGUAUAAAUUGCAUCAGAUACAUCAAGAAGAUUAUAAAGCAGUUGAAGAAACAAAAUCCAAACUUGAGAAAGUCCUUCGAAAUCAAGAAAAGCAUCUUGCCGACUUAAAACACAUCGAGCAUGGAGAGAAAAAUACGACAGAGGAAGGUAAAAAACACAAAGAGGAUGAAAUUCUUACGAAAAUCGCGAAAAUUGACUCAGAAGAAGAGGUAAAAUAUCACACAGAAAGGUAUCUCGAAGGAACUCGUGUGUCCAUUUUCACAAAAGUAGAGAAUUGGUUGGACGAUAGGAGCUCUCAAAAUCGUGUAACUGUGAUCAGUGGAAAUGCAGGAAUGGGGAAAUCGGUCAUUUCUGCAGUUCUCUGCAAAAAGCUACAAGAAACCGGCAGAUUGUCUUGCAGCCAUUUUUGUCAGCAUGAUAAGGCACGCCAUAGGAAUCCGAAAGUGAUGCUUCAGUCCUUGGCAAGCCAGUUGUCAGAAUCACUUCCUGAGUACCAGAAAGCUCUUGUUAAUGCACUUUCGAGGAAUCUCGGAAUCGAGCUUAAAAACGUGGAAGUUAAAGAGCUGUUUGAAUUGCUGUUUCAAGUACCUCUCAGAAGCCUAAAAGCUCCUGACAAAAACAUUCUUAUGGUGAUCGAUGGAUUGGAUGAGAGUGAAUACCGCGGACGCAAUGAGCUGCUUGAGCUUAUCUCUGAACACUUUAUCAACCUUCCAUGUUGGAUUCGAUUUCUCGUAACAACUCGUCCAGAAAUAAACAUUUCAGACAGUCUCAAGAAAUUCCAACCUCUUGAGUUGAAGCCAGACGAUGAGGAAAGUUUAAAGGACAUACGGUUGUUAUUUGAAAAAAAACUAGGUUGUUUAAUUCAACAAGGUUAUCAAGAAAUCGUCAUAUCCGAACUGGUUCAAAAAUCUGAAGGACUUAUUUUAUAUGCAUAUUUGCUGGCUGAGUUUGUAAGUCAGAAUGUGCGUCUCCUUACUCCUGACAGCAUGGACAGUACUUUACCCUCUGGAAUUUCCUCUGUUUACCAGACGUACUUCCAACGUUUAGAAAAUGAACUCUCCAAGGAGCUGAACGUCAAAGAGGAGCAGUUCUUAACUUUCCUAAGCGCACUCGUGUCUGCAAGAGAACCUUUGCCAGUACCUUUCGUCACUGAAAUGAUCCUGUCAGGUAAAAACUCUUUAGCUGAUGGGCGAAAAGUAAGGAAGGCAAUCACAUGCAUUUCAUCUCUGUUACCUGUUCGAGAUGACCGUAUUUACUUCUUUCACAAGUCAGUUAAGGACUGGUUAACUGACAUGGCCUCCUAUGGACAGCACGAUUUCACCGUGGAAGAAAGGGAAGGCCAUCGUAUUCUCUCUAAUCUUUGUGCCAAGCAACUUGACGAUGUUAAGCAUAAAGAUGUCCACAGCGAAGCUUUUAACAGCACCACAAAGUAUGCCUUGCAGCAUGGUGUUAAACACAUGUUGGAAGUGGGAAACUGUUUUGACAAACGUCUUCUGGAGGAAGUUGUAAAUAAAUAUGUCAUAGACUUACAACUUGUGUAUUUGAAGCUUUGUGCAGACAGUACAGCAGCGUCAGAAGACAUCGAUUUUGUUCAGAAACAAUCGGGUUUUAAUGAGUUGAAUGUAAAUGUUCAGAAUGCGCUUAGCACUCUAUUGUUUUUGUUGAGAAAGUUCAUCGCUGACAUAACGCAACUACCUCAUGUGAUCUUCCAAACUGUCUUGAAUGAGGGAGGGCCUGAACUGUCUUCUGAAGCGUUAAUCCUUUUGACGAGCAAGUAUUCCAAGAUACCGUGCAUAGUAUCCAAGCAUAGGGACACUCAGAUGACAACAUUAAAAGCCCAAUUUGAAAUGUCGUCUGCAGUAGCCUGUUUCGAUGUUUCACCACAUCGAGACUACAUGGUUUGCGAAUGUAAGGACGGUACGCUUCAAUUUUGGUCUUUGAACACUGGCAAACUGCUAUGGAAUCGUGCUGUGAUUGUCACCAAGCGAUUUCGGCCGAAUUUUAAACGUGCGUACAGAAUGGUGCCAUGUUCACAAGUGUUAUCAAUUUACCGCUCAGUUGUUUUUCAUCCCUUCCAGGAAGUUGUCUUACCGGGAGUUCUCAGUCAAGCUUACUCCUAUAAAGGAGAUCUGAUGGCACUUUUCCCCAAAAGUCAAUGCGAGUUUAAAGUUUGCUCAGUUUCGGCAGACAAGACCGCCAUACUAACUGACUGUCCACGUAACUCUAAAUGCAUCGCUUUGUGGAGUCUAGAGUCUGGUUUAGAGAUCUCUCGUACAACAAGAAAGGAAGAUGUGUUGUCCUUUGCUUGGUCUCGCGAUGGAAGGAUUUUAGCAAUUUCUUAUUCAAGUGGCUCUGUUGAUUUGGUUGAUGUCAGGGAAAGUUUUAAGACACUGACGCAAACAAAACUCCCCGAAGUAUGCGGAAUGAUGCGGUUCACUCCCGAUCAUCGACACCUUAUUUGCCUGCACGAGUCUACAGCCGACUUGAUUUCUUCAAAACAGUAUGUCUUAGAUGUCAAUGUAAAGAAGAUGAGCCAAACCUUUUCAACUAACCUUUCUUUAGUCGAAAGUCCAACAAAUUUAAGCAAAGGAUAUGAUUCACCCAGCGAAAGUGGUUUUUUGCAUGGAGAUCCUCUACCCUGGAUAUUACAUAGUACAGUUCCAUCGACAGAGUUUGUGUUAGAUAAAAAUACUCUACUUGGAGAGUAUGAGGUAUCUACCGACAUUGUAAUGCGGAAUACCAAUAAUUCCAAUGACGCAGCAGGUAUUUCCUCAACUCAAGUCAGCGGUGUAGCGUUUUCUUUGGAUGGAGAGACUUUAUACGUCGUUAAUGAAGCCGCUGUACCUUGGGUUAAGGCUUGGGAUGUAAAGAAUGGAGAGCUCAGAGCAAAGAAGAGAUUACCGAAAAAUGCAGAGCAAACGUGGCUUGUACCAGUCAGAGAUGGUGUAAUUUUGGCAAUAAAUGAAGACUCACCUGAACUAUGGAAUUUUCAGUUGUCUAAGUGCACUCGACGCUGGCCCGAUUUGCACCAAAUUGCAGAUAUUAUCCCAGUAUCAGGAGAGCGUGUGCUUUGUGCUAAAGACACGUUUGAGUUGAACAUCAUAAAUACAGUUUCAGGUGAAAUUGAAGCAACAAUGUUUACCCAUGGAAAACACUGCAUUGCAUGCAACGAUAAAUGCCACGUGAUAACCUCUGAUGAUCGAACUGUUCAGUUGUCGAAUGAUAAAACUGUUUUUUGGGAAAAGGACAUGAGCAUUUUGUGUGGGCUAUUUUCUCCAGAUGAAAGUCUUGUCAUUUUGCAAAGGCAAUGGUUUGGAGAGGAUUUGAUGAUCGUUAAUGCAGUUUCGGGAAUCACACUCUUUUGCAUCACAUGCAUGCCUAUUCCUUUUGGCUUCCAGUUUAUCAGUGAUGAGGAAAUUAUUGUGAGUUCGUUUGUUAAGAAUGCUAAGUGCCUUAGACUCUUUAAUGUCAAGUCUGGUGACCUACUCAGUGUCCUCCCUGUGGAAGGAGAAUGGUCCUGUUUAGCAGCUUGUCGUAAAGAGCGGCUCAUAGCUGUUGGGCUACACGACUCCAGCACUAGCUUUAGAGCUUUUCAAGUAAAAUUGCCUUGUGACAAAGAUGGCAGCGAAAACAGCAGCAUUGACGACAGGCUGGAGAUGGAACUCCUGCGAGGCAACCGCAAAAGGAGUCGCUUGCAUUGCUCGCUUGUAUGAUGAAGCUGAGGUGGACGAU